AUGCAAUUAACAACGAUUCUCGCUGUAUUCUUCACAUGUUUAGUCUUAUUUGCUUCAUUUGAUUAUACCAAUGGUAUUGGUAUCAAAGGUAAACAUUCAAUAAAUCGUCCUGAUACAGUCGUUAAAGCAAAAGCUCAACAUGGUGUUCGUCAUGAAAAUACAUUGAAGAAUGGUGGUCGUCGUCAAUCAGCUGCACGUGCAAUCGUUGAAUCAAUUAAACAACGACGAAAACAUGCAAAUUAA